AUGUUGGCUAUCAACCCUCAGUCUUCUUCCCGGAAGCUCAUUCCCAACCUCAUACCCUGCAGUGUGAAGCACAGCGGACCGAUCACCAUUGAGCAACGGCAUUGGAACCCUCAAGAGACGCAUAAGCCUACAGCAUAUUUACGAGGCCGCAAAUUACAGGGCAAGAAAGUUCGGCUCCCUUCCGGCUACAGAGGCUAUGUCCUCGAAAAGACAACAGAGAUGCUGCAGCCGGAAGCGACCUCUGCAGACCCCAGAGAAUCAAGAGAUGAGCAAGGAGAGGAGCGUGAAUUGCAGGGAGAUGUUCACAUCAUGGGCGUGAAAGCACAAUUUGAGGAGGUCAUGGUCUGGGCACAUGAAGUAGUGCCUGAGGAUGACGAUCCAUAUGUAAGAGGCAUCCAGGAUUGGAUAAAUUUGGCGGACGCGGUAAGCAGCAGAGCAUGGACGACAUUGCUCGAGAGCCGAGCUGAUCACACAUGA